GGCGAGGGAGGGAGGGGGCGGGAGGAAUCUGAGGGGCUGCUGACGCGCAUCUUGCCCCCGCCGCGCAAAGCGGGCUGGGGAUGCGCGCCCGGCUGAGGCGCAGGCAUGGGGGGGAGGAAGCAGCAAACGUGCCCUCAGGCGAUCCGAAAUAGCAGGGUGACUCCCUUGCCUGCCUGCCUGCCUGACUCAAUCAACUCAGCAAAACCACCUCCGCUCCCCAACUCACUGCCCGGUGUGGGAGCUAGAGGACACACGCGCGCGAAACGGGACGGAACGCGCAACUGUACACGCAAGACGCGAUGGCGGGGGCAGCGCAAGAGCGGUGAGCCUCCGGGAGGCGGCCCCUCGCGCGACGGCGGCACGCAAGACCAUAUAAAGCUCCCGAGGGCGAGGAGGGAGGGGGCAGAAAUUAAAUCCGCCGGCCGCUCUCGUGCCCGCCAACGGUUUGCCCCGCUUUGCCCAACGGCCAAGCGAAACUUAUGCUGCCAGGUUAAAGCGAGGCGGCUCUCCUCAGACGAGGCUGGUCUGGAGUGUCGUGAGAGGGCGGCAAGCGGCUCUUCGGUUUCGUUCCUAGAAGGUGGUUCUGGUGGGGUUUUUCUGCAUCAGCAGGUGCCAAAAUAACGGGGUCAGACUAGGCACCUUGAUUUGAGGGGGGGGGAGGAGGGUCACCAAGCCUCAGAUUGCAGGGUGAGGCCUAGGACUACUGUCUUAAAUCCAAUAAAUAAUAAUAAUAAAUACAAUUUAUAAUUUCAAUACUUCUGCUUAGAGGUUUUAUGACAACCGGGAGGUACUUAAAUUUAUUAAAUAAAUACAGCGGUGGGCAGAUAAGAAGUCGUAAAUAAAUCAAGCUACCUCCGGUGAUCGCAAGCGUUAGAUCUCAAAGACAGGGCAAGGUGCUAACGGGUUUGGAUCUGCUGGGUUCAAAGCCCUGCAUCUCUCUCAAGGGGCCUCAUCACACAGUAAAAAAAGGAAAUAAUGACUGUCCCCACCCAAUUUCUACACUGGCCAGUACAAGCGAUUAGAGCUUGGGAUGCAGUGGUAAAUCCACAAUACCGCUCCACUGUGGCCCCUCAUUAGGAUUGCCUUUUAGGACUCAGCUCUGCUAUUGGGAGGAAAAUUCCGCUCAGCUCUGGCACAAAUUCAGACUUGCCCAUAGGAAAGCUCAACAAAUGGGGUCUUAAAAGAAUUCCUAGUUGCAUUAAAGUAGGUUCAAUAAUGAUGAUGAUGAUGAUGUGUAGGAACUGUAGGACUAAAUCGGCAAAGGGUACUAAGAGAUACAGUAGCUUGCUAAUUCCUAAAUCUCUAAUAGGUUGCAUUGGUUUCCCAUUGAGCACCCAGACCCACUAAUUACUAUUCCACCACCCAUGUAGCACCAAAAUGAUAUUGCUGUUUAAGCAUAAGUUUCUUCCAUUAUUUCAUUUAUUAAUAUUUUUAUUAUAGCAGAUUCUGUGGGCAAGCUUACCUCUAGUGAACACAACUUCUAAUGUUACUUUAUAUACAUAGGCUGAAAUGUUCCGAUAUAAUCCUGAGCACACUUACUUUCAAGUAAGUCCCUGUGAAGUUAAUAAACUCACUGUGAAGUAUUUGUGUUUAUUAGGUUAAUCUUCUACUUUCUCCUGCAGCUAUCACAGCAACUCCAGAAUCCCAACUCUGCUCAAAGCCUCACAUGCACCCUCUCAGCACAUCUAGUUGCCUCAAGUGCCUGAAGAAGAGGUGGGGGGGGCAAUGAGCAACAGGACAAGAGCUGAGAAUAUCUUUGAUAUCUCUGGAUCAUCCCUAUACCUGGUGUGCAUGUAUUUGCAUUACUAAGUUAAAAGCUUACCCAAUUCUUCCAGAGCUUGUAAUUCUGCAGAGCAGCAAGGCGUCUCUGGAUAGAACAUGUAGCAUUCUUCUUUAUUUUCUGAGGAAACCAAAAAAAAAGUCUUCAGAGAUAUGCUUUCAUCUACUUACCUUUGCCCUGGAAUUUCUUUAUCAAUCCCUGGAUGAAGAUCUGUCACACACAGUGAAAAAGACAGCUAUGAGUAUAUAGAUAGAACCUCUGAUAUUUCUAAUAACUGAGUCUUGGGACAAACUGGCUUGCUCCGUUGAUGGGAAGCCUAUCUUUUACCAUAUGCUGCUGAAAGCGGCUGGGGAGCGCGGGCCGCCAACAGCUGGGAGGUGAACAUGCAGCUCCCCCUGCCACCGCCAAGACUGGAAAGGUUUCAGCAUCCCCUUUAUCAUCUUCACUGUCAACAAAAACACCGUGUCACUACUCAGCUCAGGUACAACUGGAAACUGGUGCAGCUUAGAAAAAUGGAAAAAUAGUUAUUUUAGAUCAAAAUUC